CUGGUGGUGCUGCGGGUUUUCGGGGGUUAAGAUGGAGAGCAACAGCCGCACGGAACGCGUGCGCCCGUACUUCACGGACCGGGAGUGGACCAACCUUCCCGUGUACUCGAAAGUUCGCUACGCCAACAUCAAGGAAAACUACGACAAGAUGGUAGAACUGGGUCUUCAGCCACCAGUUCCUGAGUUUCUGAAUCGCAAGCCUGCAGCUCGUAAAGUUCCAGCAAAGUCAAAGGCCAGUGGCUCAAGUGGCCACAAAGCAAAGCGCACGUCUCGUAACUCGCAGCCCGAAUCAUCAAACCCGAAGGAAGUUCCAGUCAGGCGCUCGACGCGGACGCAGGCGAGAAAGAAAGCCUCGGUACAAGGUGAUACACAAAGCGGCUGCUCGAGCAAUCCUCGCUACCCAAAGCGAAACCGGAAGGACAUGAAAUACACGGAGAGUACAGACGCUUCGGAAGAUGAGAUUCCGCCAGGUAAAGCCAGCACGUCCAGCGGAACGCCCAAACCGACUCGAAGACCUCCUGCAAAGCGCUACAAAAGCGAAGCGACUGGCAACAAACACUACGAGUGCCGCGACGGCUGUUCUCGAGACAAACCUAGUGAAUGUCCAGUGCAUGGACCGUCGUUUUUCGUCAAGAGGGUGCCGCUCAAAGACUUCGAGCGAGCCAAGAAGAGUCUACCUGAAGGCCUCGUAGUGCUUCGUUCGAAGAUGAAGGGUGCGCAGCUUGGAAUCUUCACUGUGGUUCCACUUGCCGCUGGUCAUCGCUUCGGCCCCUACGCGCACUCCAGUAUUAAGGACAGUGACGACGGUGAAGCCACGGACCAGGAACUGGGUGAGGAGGAAACUGCGCAGCCUGACGAGACCGGCCCUCAAAUAGCAAGAUGGAUUCGCUACGUCAACUGCGCACCCAGUGAGCCCCGGCGUAACCUCGUUCUGCUAGAAGAAUCCGGGUGCCUCUACUACCAGACGUGCCAGCCCGUGGAACCAUCCGAGGAGCUCUUGUUAUGGUGCGGCGUGCCACCGACCGCUUCGGGAAUUCGGGAAGGAUAGCAAUACAGCGAAUGGCUUCACUCGCGGUACGACGGAAUGAACGAAAAAAGCCGAAAACCUGAGAAGUCCUUCUUAUGCGAUGUCUGCGGCGCAGGGUUCGCUACACAAGUGGGGCUCGAUCAUCACAUUAGAUCCCACGUGACAGUGAAACCCUUCAAAUGUGAAAAGUGCAGUGAAGGCUUCAAUAAGGCAGUGCUCCUGAAGCGCCACCGGAAGAUCCACACGGGCGAACUGAUGUACAAGUGUUCCGAGUGCGGCAGGCAGUUCAGCAUGGUCUCACACUUCAAGUGUCAUGUCCUCUCCCACUCGCAAUCGAAGCCGUACUCCUGCAGAGUGUGCAAGAGGGCGUUCGCCAGAAAGUGCCACUGCCUCAGGCACGAGCUCACAAUGCAUGGCAAACGAUGAGAUUUGUGCCUUGCACUUCAGCAGGUGCAAGUCCCAGCGUCGAGGAAGUCCAUUGCAAAUCGCAAUUCCCGAGUACAAGUAGGAAACGCCGUACAGUUGGCGCUUAGUGACUCAAACGAAAUUGCAGCCGAUCCAAAUUGAACGUACGAAUAAA